AUGAGAUCAUCAGGUUGAAUCGGAGCUCCCAUCGCGCUCUUGCUCAAAUCUUUCCCUUUUCUUCUUCUUCUUCUCUCUUUGAAGAGAACAGAGAGAAAAGGAAAAUUUGAUAACCGAGCAUAUCUCAAGCAGAGCCCAUGAAGUCCAACGGAGCGAGCCCAUCAAUCGCCCUUCCUCUGCUCGCGCUCUCCUCGUUCUUCUUCUCUCUGGCCGUCUCCGAUCCUCGAAUCACCGAAGCGGGCCGCAUCUGCGAGAACUUUACUGGGAUUGUCGCUGGAAACGUUGUCUCCAACGGCAUCGCCGCCAUGAGCGAGGUCUCUGACAGCAUCGCCGCCCAGGGCUGGGGCAAGUACUCCCUCGCCUCGCCGCCGCCAGCAAUGUACGUCCUCACCCAGUGCCAUGGGGACUUGACUGAGACCGAGUGCCUCCUCUGCUUUACCGAGAGCUGGACCCGGAUCACCCGCUGCCUCCCCAGCUUUGGUCGGCUCUACCUUGACGGCUGCUUCCUCCGUUACGGCAGUUACGACUUCUACAACGAGACCGUCGAUCCAACGCGCGACAUGCUCAAGUGUAGCUCCAAUUUGACAGCCCCGGCAGAGAGAGUGGCCGAGCUCUCGGAUAGGGUGGACCGGGUCCUGAGGAAUGUCUCGGCCAGUGCAGUGCGGAACAAGGGCUUCGCGGUGGCUGGGGAGGACGGAGUUGGAGGAGUCGCCGGGGUAUAUGCUUUGGCACAGUGUUGGAGCACGCUUGAUGCCGGCAGUUGCAGAUUCUGUUUGGAGAAUGCAACUUCGAUGGCGAGAAGCUGCGCACCUGGAGAAGAAGCGCGGGCCAUGAACGCGGGAUGCUUCCUCCGUUACUCGACCACAAAGUUCUACGACGUCCCUGAUAGCGGAGGUUCAUCUAGGGUCCACAUCACCAUAGCAAUAACCUCAUCGGCUACUGCAGCGACUUCACUUGUUCUCAUUGGUGCAUACAUUGGAUACAAAAAGUACUCCAAGAAGAAACAAAUGCAAAAUAACCUCAUGCAAUUACGAGCGAGCAAGAGCAAGUUUAGCUUAUAUUUCAAGUACAAGACACUGGAGAAGGCCACCAACUUCUUUGAUGACUCGAGGAAGUUGGGCCAAGGGGGCGGUGGUUCCGUGUACAAGGGGAUUUUACCUGACGGGAAGGUCGUCGCGGUUAAGCGGUUGGUGUUCAACACAUGCCAAUGGGCGGAUGACUUCUUCAAUGAGGUGAACCUAAUCAGUGGGAUCCGACACAAGAACCUCAUGAGGAUUUUGGGAUGCAGCAUCGAAGGCCCAGAGAGCCUCCUCGUCUACGAAUAUCUUCCUAAAAGAAGUCUUGAUCUAGUUCUUUUUGUCAACGAUGCGACCCCCAUCCUAACUUGGGAGGAGAGGAUGCACAUCAUCAUAGGAACAGCUGAGGGCCUCGCAUAUCUUCAUGGAGGUUGUGGAGUGAAAAUCAUCCAUCGGGACAUAAAAACCAGCAACAUCCUCCUUGACAAAAAUCUCACAGCGAAAAUCUCAGAUUUCGGGCUUGCCCGAUGCAUUGCUCUAGAUAAGUCUCAUCUUAGCACAGGAAUUGCUGGCACACUUGGUUACAUGGCGCCUGAAUAUUUAAUGAGGGGACAUCUAACGGAGAAAGCCGAUGUUUAUGCUUUUGGGGUGCUGGUUCUUGAAAUCUUGAGUGGUAGGAAGAAUAGUGUAUACACACGGGGGUCAAGCUCGGUACUACAAUUGGUAUGGAAGCAUUACAAGUCAAAUAAUUUAGCCGCGUGCAUUGAUUCGGCCUUACAAGGUAAAUUCCCCAUGCUGGAGGUGUCGAAAGUGCUCCAAAUCAGCCUUUUGUGCACUCAAGCCUACAUGGAAUUGCGACCGCCCAUGUCUGGAGUCGUCGAGAUGCUCCAUGACAAAAAUUGUGUACUCCCCCAACCGAGCCAACCCCCGUUCGUCAAUGCUAGCUUGAUGUUUGACACAUCCAGCAGCGGAAGCUCUACAUGAACACAUGGUUGUUCAGCCAGCUCAUGGCAUCCGAGGUCUCUUCCAGCUUGACAGGAAGCCCUCAGCUUUGCUCGUUGACCCUUUAGGAUUGGGACCUUUCUUCUUCUUCUUCUUCUUCUUCCAACAAAUACGAACACGUUGCAAUCGACUAGCAGUGCAGAUUUUAGUGACGUCAUGGCAUGAAUCGAAUUAUCCUUACUUGGUUAGCAGCAUGUUCAGAUGAUGAUGAGUCCAAUCUUAAAUCGAUAAAUCACGAA